AUGCUUGAAAAUAUAAUAAAACCCCCCACAUUUGAAACCUUUCUUCCCAUUCUCUGUGUCGCUUCUCUUCUUUCACUGUUCAUCGAUCCCUGUCAUGGCUACAAGCCUACAAACAACAUUAACGAUGACAACAACAACAGGUUUUCCCUUCCACCUGGGUCUGACUCAGUUUCAAGCCACACUACUUUCGUGCAGGCCGAUCCAUCAACCUUCCGAGCUGUGGUUCAGAGACUCACGGGUUCCACCGAUGACCCAUCACUUGAAAAGCUCCCCGUCACAGUCCCUGCUCGACAAACUGGUAUUAAAGGCGUGUUUGGCGAGUUGGGCCCUCGAAAACCUUUGUUUAAGCUCCUAGAAAGAAGGCAGAGCCUGAGGAAGCUUGAGAUUAAGCUUGAAGCUGCUAGUUUUAGUUGUGGUUCAGGGCCCUAUUCACCAUCAGCCGUCGCUGCUGCGAGAAAGAAAAGCUUCAUGGGUGGAAGAGUAAGUGAGAUGCCGUUGUUUUCCCCUGUUUCGCCUCUUGAUUUAUGGUCUCAAGGGAGCCCAAGAACCCCAACUCAACGGUUAACACUGGAGGAGGAAGAAGAGAAGAAAGCGAUUGCAGAGCAAGGUUUCUAUUUGCACGCAUCGCCUCUCAGUACCCCGAGAAGCUCUGAACCUGAACUGCUUCCUCUGUUUCCUCUGCAUUCUCCCAGAGACUCUGCUUCUUCUUCUUCUUCGUCACCUCCUUAGAUUGAUUUCUGAAUUCUGAUUUUCAUUUCCCAGAAUUGAACUUCUAAGCAUUAAUUAUUCAUGUGAAGAUUAUAUGAUAUUUGUCUUUCGUUUGGGUUA